GAUUUUUUAGUUGAAACUGUUAUAAUGAUAAUGAUGUGGUUGUUUAGAAUUCUCCCCUAUACUAAAUGCUAGCUCAAGUAGUUUACAGCAUCUGGAAGCAGUGGCAGUUAGCUCCCAGCAUUUGACAAGAAGAAAAAUAAAAGGGUUGUUUAUCUGUUUGACUGAAUGUAUAUUUAGGUAAUGAAAGAAUCAUUUGAGUUUUGGCACAUUAGACUGAGCUAUGCAGAAGUACCCUCCCAAGGGUAAAAAGAGUUCCAGACCCCCUGUGGCUCAGGAAGGCAUGAAUGAGCCCACCCCCUAAUGCUGUAACUCAAGAUGCAAAGAUAAGAUUGUGACAUCAUAUGGAUUUUUGGUAGUGAGCAGUUUUGGGGGUGUCUGAUAUUUUAAGAGCAACUUUUUUUGUGUGUCUGUGCUGAGUUGCCUAAUUACCUAGGAAACCCAUCUUUUCUCCAGAUUUUGUUUUUGUUCUUUUUGCUCAUACCAGCCAUUUCGUCCUGAGCUGGGGCUUGCUCGAUCUUAUACUGCAGUCGGUGGGGUGUUGAACUCACUGGUUAUGCCUUAGUGCCGAUAUAACAAAUUAUUGCUGCAUUCUCUGAAGGAGAAAGGGAGGCAUUUGGUGUUUAUAGAUAUAUACAUGCUCCGUGAUAUGAUAGAAGGAUUAAGUGGUUCAUUUCAAGGAUACUCGUAAAGAACAUCAAGGAUAUUCUAGAUUAUCUGGUAAUUACGCACAAGAACUUGUUGGAUACAGCUGAGAGCUAUGUUAAAAAAGUGGAGACUUUCAUGGAGUGAUGGAAACACCAGUUUUCUGAGGGCUGCCAGGGAUGGGAAUCUACAGGAAGUGUUGGAGUACCUUAAAGGAAGUACAGAUAUCAACACCAGCAACCCAAAUGGACUGAACGCUUUACAUUUAGCCUCCAAAGAAGGUCACAUUGACAUUGUACAAGAACUUCUGAAAAGAGGAGCAAAUGUUGAAGCUGCAACCAAGAAAGGGAACACAGCCCUCCAUAUUGCCUCUCUAGCAGGACACCUGAACAUAGUCAACCUUCUGGUGGAAAAUGGAGCAAAAUACGAUGUGCAAGCUCAUGUUGGAUUCACUCCCCUUUACAUGGCUGCCCAGGAGGGACAUGCUGAUGUGGUCAAAUAUCUCCUGUCCAGCGGGGCCAACCAGAGCCUGUCCACGAAGGAUGGAUUCACUCCCCUUGCUGUGGCCUUACAACAAGGACAUGAACGUGUGGUCAGUGUCCUUCUGGAGAAUGACACCAAGGGCAAGGUCAAACUGCCAGCCCUCCACGUGACCGCCAGGAAAGACGACGUCAAAUCAGCGGCACUGCUCCUGCAGAACGAACAGAACAACGUUGAUGGGCAAACAAAGACAGGAGGUCUAGUUAAUGACACUACCAAGAGUGGCUUCACUCCCUUGCACAUCGCUGCUCACUAUGGAAACACAAAUGUUGGAUCCCUUCUUAUUCAGAGAGGAGCAGACGUCAACUUCAAAGCAAAGAAUAACAUUACCCCAUUACACGUAGCUUCAAGAUGGGGAAAACCCAACAUGGUGACCCUCUUACUUGACAACCAUGGUAUUGCUGAUGAGAGAACCAGGGAUGGAUUAACUCCCCUGCAUUGUGCAGCAAGAAGUGGACAUGAAAAUGUAGUGGAUUUGUUGAUUGAGAGAGGAGCACCAAAAUCGGCUAAAACCAAGAAUGGACUGACACCCCUGCACAUGGCUGCCCAGGGAGAUCAUGUGGACUGUGCAAGACUUUUGUUGUACCAUAGGGCACCUGUUGAUGAUGUCACUGUGGAUUACCUGACCCCCCUACAUGUGGCAGCUCACUGCGGCAAUGUAAAGACAGCCAAGCUUCUACUGGACAGAAAGUGUGAUCCAAACUCAAGAGCUCUGAAUGGUUUUACCCCACUCCACAUCGCCUGCAAGAAGAACAGAAUCAAGGUUGUUGAGCUGCUGCUGAAAUACGGAGCAACCAUUGAGGCCACCACAGAGUCUGGCUUGACCCCACUCCAUGUUGCCUCCUUCAUGGGUCACAUGAACAUCGUGAUCUACCUAAUCCAGAACAACGCUAACCCCGACUUCACAACAGUGCGUGGAGAGACCGCCCUCCACCUGGCUGCCCGUGCCAACCAGACGGACAUCAUCCGCAUCCUUCUCAGAAAUGGAGCCACGGUGGAUGCUAGAGCAAGAGAGCAACAGACACCCCUUCACAUUGCUGCCCGCCUUGGUAAUGUUGACAACGUUACCCUGCUGCUACAGCUUGGAGCAGCCCCUGACGCUGUCACCAAAGAUCUGUACACUCCAUUGCACAUCGCUGCCAAGGAAGGACAUGAAGAGGUUGCUUCUGUGUUGCUGGAGCAUGGAGCUUCCCACAGCCUUACCACCAAGAAGGGCUUCACUCCUCUUCACAUUGCUGCUAAGUAUGGCAACAUCAAGGUUGCAAGGUUGCUGCUGCAGAAGGAUGCCAACCCAGAUUGUCAAGGAAAGAAUGGUCUGACCCCACUUCAUGUUGCCACCCACUACAACCACGUCAAUGUGGCGCUUCUACUGCUGGACAACAAAGCAUCACCACACAGCACCGCCAAGAAUGGUUACACCCCACUGCACAUCGCUUCCAAGAAAAACCAGAUGGACAUUGCCACCACUCUGCUAGAAUUUGGAGCAAGACCAGAUGCAGAAUCGAAGAACGGUUUCUCACCCCUACACUUGGCAGCACAAGAAGGUCACACAGACAUGGUGUCUCUGCUCCUAGAACACAAAGCAGACGUCAACUCCAAAGCUCAUAAUGGAUUGACCUCUUUGCACCUGGCAGCUCAAGAAGACAAGGUCAAUGUCGCAGAAGUCCUGGUGAAAUAUGGUACAUCGAUUGACCCCCAAACCAAGGCAGGCUACACCCCCCUCCACACCGCUUGUCAUUUCGGUCAAAUGAACAUGGUUCGAUUCCUGCUGGAACAAGGUGCUUCUGUUAGUGCCACAACAAAGUUGGGAUACACCCCUCUGCAUCAAGCCGCUCAACAAGGACAUGUACAAGUCAUCAACCUACUGCUGAAAAACAAAGCCUCACCUAAUGCCGUCACUAAUAAUGGACAGACAGCCCUGUCCAUUGCCCAGAGACUGGGCUACAUCUCUGUAGUGGACACCCUGACCCCUGUCACAGAGGUCUCCGAGACCCUCCCAUCCACCGAGGACAAGAUCAAACUCAUGUCUCCUGAGAUCAUGCAGGAAAACCCCAUCUCCGACUCGGACGACGAAGGAGGAAAUAGCAGUGAGAGAAUGUCAUGGUUGGCUAAAUUGAUGACCAUCGGAAAUCAGUCGUGGUCUUCUAUGGCCAGUAUCAGAUGGGAUGAUUUUCUACCAUCGUCUCCCCUGUUCGGAAAACCCCUUACCGAACAGCACGUUUAUUUGCCAGGCUUUUAUGAGGGUAGCAAAAUGCAGUCUCGGGAGGAUAGCAUUUCCCUCGGGGAAAAAGGAGGAAGCAUUUCCCCACUGGAUACCUCAUAUGAAAAGGACGUUUCAUUGAGAACUGCCUCCGCUGAUGCAAGGCCCCGCAUCACAAGUGAGAUCGGUACCUCCAUGCGGUACCCGUCUUACUUGGAACGUGGUCCCGACUACGAGGCAGAGAUGCGCUAUUUUAGCGGAGAUUCUCUGAUGUCUCCCAGGGAUAAAAGCAAAGAUAGUGUAUUCGGCGGCGAUUACUCGACCUUAGAUAGGCUCGAUACAACGUCCACAAACUCCGAGUCCAAGAUUCGAGUUGUCGAUGAGCAUGGUAGUGAGAUCGAUUACGAUGAUGAUUUAGAUGAUAGGAUGAAGAAGAACACGGCAGCCAAUCAGUUUACCGAAGAUUUCUACCUGCGACAAUCCGUAAGAUACGGGGCUAAUACCAGCAAAAGGCCGAUUUAUCCCAGCUCUGGGUACAAGUCGGUGCCCGAGAGGCCUUCUGAGUCUUACGCAGAGUCUUUUAGCGUCGACGGCAUAGAUUUGAACGAUGAGUUCAAAUAUAUGCCCGAUGAUUCGGUUCCUCAGCAGGACUAUUGUGAGGCCCAGAUCAUGACCUCAUCCUACGCUGCAUACACCCACGCUGCCCCGCCCGAGACACACCUGGGCCCCGGGGUCUCGUCCGCCGACAAGCCCCGUGUGGGCUCCUACAGUGGCUCCUCAUUCAGUGCUAGUUUUGACCCUGACAAUGUGGCCAUUGAUCAGACUCCUGCAUACUCUGGACGACUGAAAUGGAAAAGCUUCCUCAUCAGCUUCAUGGUGGAUGCCAGGGGUGGGGCCAUGCGGGGCCGACGCCACUCUGGGAUCAGGAUCAUCAUCCCCCCAAACCGGGCCUCUAUGCCCACCCGGGUGACAUGCAGGCUCAUCAAGAAGGACAAGCUCAUCCACCCCAUCCCCAUUGGAGAGGGAGAGGCUUUGGCCGCCCGCAUCAUUGAGAUGGGACCCGUGGCUACAAAGUUUUUGGGACGAAUUGUCAUUGAAAUACCACACUUUGCCUCUCUUCGCGGCAAGGAACGUGAAAUAAAGAUCAUGCGCAGUAACAAUGGUGACAAAUGGGAGGAGCACAGUAUUGUAGCCUCAGACGAUGCAGUGCAAAAAGCCCUGAGUGAAAGCAUGGAAGACUUGGAUUACGAAGAUGAGCUGGCUGGCAAGAGAGUGACUCGUAUCCUGACGGACGACUUCCCCCGCUACUUUGCUCUGGUGACCAAGGUGAGGGAGGAGAAACAGAUGGUUGGAGAGGAGGGUCUGAUCCUGAGCUCCACAGUGGUACCCCAGGUCCAGGCAGUAUUCCCUAAGGGUGCUGUCAACAAGAGCAUCAAAGUCGGCCUGCAGGCUCAGCCAAUUUCCCCAGACCUGGUAUCCAAGCUGCUCGGAAACCGUGUGGCAGUCAGUCCCAUCGUGACCUUGGAACCACGACGCCGGCGGUUCCACACUGCCAUCACAGUGACCAUCCCGGUUCCCAAGGCGGCCCAGAAAGGCAUGAUCAACCAGUAUGAAAAGGAGGCUCCCACUCUUCGGGUCAUGUACAGCAUAGCUGCUUCCAACAAUGCCCUGCGAGAGGGAACAAACCCCGCCCUUUGGGAUGACUUGACUGAUCAGACCCAGCUGACCUUCAUAGACGACUGUGUCUCCUUCAAUACUAAUGUGUCUGGAAGAUUCAUGUUGAUGGACUGCCAGAAUGUUGCUGAUGCUUGCCGAUUUGCUACUGAGCUCUACCGCGAGGCUAUUAUUGUUCCGUACAUGGCACGUUUCGUAGUGUUUGCUAAGCGCACUGGAGAAGAAGAGGGAAAACUCCGCAUGUUCUGUAUGACAGACGACCGCAUUGACAAAACCCUCGAGAAGCAGGAAAAUUUCAGGGAGGUGGCUAGAAGUCGAGAUGUAGAGGUGCUUGAAGGAAGACCGCAGUAUGUAGAAAUGGCUGGCAAUCUCAUACCAAUAACAAAAUCUGGCGACCAGCUCUACAUCAGCUUUAAAGCUUUUCGAGAGAACCGACUCCCGUGCCUGGUCAAGAUUCGAGACCGAGACCAGGAGCCUGCCGCUCGAGUGGCAUUCAUGAAGGAACCUAAAGUUGUCCGUGGCGAGCUGCCCCAGACUCCCAUCUGUAACCUCAACAUCAGCCUACCAGACAUGUCUACUUCAUCCUCCAUGGAAAUGGAUCCAGAGGCAGCAUUAGAACUCAAAAAACGAUCUUCCCUACUUAGAGAACAUGGUAUCGUCGUAGAGGAUACCAUUAGCAAAGCUAAGAUCAAUCUUUCGGAAGUUGCGGAUACAUUGAAGGGAGACUGGGUAAUACUUGCCACACAGCUUGAUAUAUCUGGAGAUGAGAUACACAAGAUCAACAGUGACUACAGGACCGUCAAUGAUCAAGCCCUGGCCAUGCUCUCCUUGUGGAAGGAGAAGAAAGGAGACCAAGCCACAGGCAAUGAGCUAGAAAGAGCAUUGAAAAGCAUAAAGAGAGAAGAUGUUGUACAGAAGUGUAUGUACAAUGUAGAAGUCAUCCAAGAUCAAGUGGAAAUGGCAGCAGCUAAAGUAGCUAUGGAUCAGUCAGGUUUCGACACAUUUGCCGAGGAGAUAGGAGCAACGCAGGACUCAAUGAAGCGUAACAUGUCACUGGAUGUUCAGUUCGACGAACAAGAAGUCCAGAAGCUUUCAGAUUCUGAGGAGACAGAGUCUGUCAGUGAUUCUCCUGCAAGUGCCCCUCAGGCAUAUGAAGAAGAUACAGCUCAGUCCCCCUUAAAAGAUGACAUGCUGAUCCCCGAGAUCAGUGAACGAAGGGCUCUGGCUAAGGAACCUGAAUUGCCAGAGAAAACCAAAGACGAUUUCUUCGAUUUAAUUGACAAAUUGGAUAAAUACAAUGAGUUUAAGGAGAAACAAGAGAGACCUGAGCGCAGUGCAGAUACCGGGGGUAUGGAAGAUUCACAAACAAUAACUGAGGAAGAACUGACCUCCACCAAGCAAGACCGACCUAAAUCAGACGAGAUCAUUGCAAAAGUGGAAGAACUGGGUCAAAACAUGGCCCCUGCCCGGGCCCAGGAACCCACAGAAGAUGAUGAAGGGACAAAAACACCACCCCCCAGUCCUGUAGAGGGAGAUUUUGUAUCAGAAUGUCAAGACAAACUGGCUCAUGAGAUAGAAGAUGCAGUUGAACAAUCAGUUCAAGCGGAAGCUGAAGCUGAGGAGGAGGAGGAGGAAGAAGAAGAAGAGAAGGAAGAAACGAUUAUAGAGGAGACCUUCCAGGAGUCGGAUGAUGGUGUAACAUGGAGAACCAUUCGUAAAACCACCAUCAUCACUCCUGAAGGUCAAACUGAGAAAUUUGAAGUUUUAGGAGAGGAAGUGAGAGCCCAGCAAGCAGCUGUUGACGAAUUGGCAGCCAGACUGUCCAGUGCAGAAGAACCGACAGCAGUACACCCUGGGGAAACGGACACAGUUGAAGAGGUUGUCGAUUCUCAGAAAGUGCAGACUGUAGAGUCUGCCACAGGGCAAACUCCAAUGGUGGUCGGAGAAACUGAUGUUGAUACUGGUUUGCCAUAUUUUGCAAAUCAAAAGGAACCUGAUAUGGAAAAACUGGUGGAAAGUUUGAAAACUGAUCUUUAUGAAAAAGAGAAGAUUGAAAAAAGUGGCAACGAGUCCGAUGUUUCGUCUAGUGCAAGCUCAGAAACCGAAGGAGAAUUCAAUAUUGAUCCUUUGCCGUCAACAGCACCUAAUGUAGAGGGUAAUGAACCCAACAUAGAUCGACGAUCUUCCAUCGAGAGGAAAAGAAAGCGGACAGAUUCCUUAUCCUCUUCCUCUAUGUCAGAUGUUGAAGAUAAUAUUGAGGAAAACACUGACGAAAACCGUGGAACUGAGAAUGAGCCUCCAAAGCCCAAGUCAUCUCUACAUGAUGCCAGCCGCCUUGAACCAAAGUCUGGUCAUGUGCAUUUUAGAGAGGAAAAUUUACCGAGCUCUUCAUCCUCAUCAUGUUCAUCAACUGAGGAUGAAAGCAAUCAAGUUGAAUCAACUGAAGUCAAAUCCCCAACUGUAACUACACCAAAAAUCGACAGAAUGGAAGAGUUCCAAUUUAUGGAAAAACCUAGUACAGAACAUAAGGGAGAGAAAGCGUGCGAAAAUGAUGAGAAAGUUGAUAGCGAUGUGCCCGUCAAAGUAUACAGACCUUCUUUGGUUGCCCAAGAUACAAUUGAGGAAGGUUUGAAGAUGCUUCCAGAUAAUGUUGAAGAGACGGGAAACGAAGCUCAUCCAAUAGCUGAUUCAGAUGUGGAGAAACAAAUUGUCCAGGCACCAGCUCCUCCGAAAGAGAGAGAUUCCUCUUCCUCUUCCAGCAGUAGUGAUGAAGAUGACACGGACAAACCAGCACGAACUCAAGACUUUAGAGAGGGAUCAAUUGAAAGAACAGAAAGAUAUGAAGAAGUACCCCCGAAGGAGCAGACCCGAGCUCCCUCUCCAUCACAGGACAGUACAGAACAAUCUCAAGAAAUGUCAGCUAGCCCGACUGGAAAGGACCCGAAGGAGCAGACUCAAGCUCCCUGUCCAUCACAGGACAGUACAGAACAAUCUCAAGAAAUGUCAGCUAGCCCGAUUGGAAAGGACUCGGGGGAUGGAGUACAAUUUGCAAACACAGUUAAACGUUUAAAAAGGAUGUCAUCAUUGCAACAACAAGAAGUCAUUGAAACUGAGCUUGAAGAAGAGGAGGAGGUCGCCGUUGAACAGGUGUUGCCGGAUGGAUCAAAGGUCAGGAGGAAAAGAUUUAAAUCUGGAGAGUCUAUCAAAAGUGAGAAUGGAGAACCUGAAUCUAUGGAAUUGGUUGAAGAAGAGGGCCCCGAAAAGGAAGCUGUUCACUACGAGGAAAAUGAAGAGAUACUAGAAGACGGAACAGUCCACAAGGUCAGCCGAACACGCCGCCAGUCUCUUAAACGUGUCAAAAGAACUUUAAUCUCUGAAAGUGGUGAAGAGGAAAACAUUUUCGAUGACGAUGUAGCUGUGCCAGGUAAAGCAAAAGAAGACGUUAUUGAAGUAUUUGAAGAGCCAGCAAAACCAGUAACCAAGGUGGAGGAAGUAGAAGUGGUUAGAGAUGAUGGAAAGGUGAUGAAGAAAAGGAUGGUUAUGAACAGGAUGGUCAGUAACGUGAAAACUUUCCAUCAGUCUUUCGAUGAUGCUGGAAACUUGCAAGAGGACGAAUAUGAAAUUGAGGCCAUUAUUCCUGGUACAGAAUCGACUUUCGUAGAGGGAGAUGAUUCCACCACUUCCAGUUCCUCCAGUGAAUAUAGUGAUGACGAUGAUGACGGGAAUGAUGAAGAAAUCGAUGUUGAAGAUUUGGAUUUGGUGGAGGAGGACUGUCAGAGUGGAACCACAGUCACGACAAAACAAGUCAUCAAGCAGACAUUUACAUCUAGAACUUACGAAACAGAAGCGUGUGAGGAAGUAGAAGAAGAAAAUGUAAAAAGUUUUGCUGAGAUUGUACACAUGUUUGAGAAAGAAUCUCAAGGAAAACCAUCUCAGUCGGAGACCCAAAAAUCAAGCUGUGAUGAUGUAGACGACGGCAGCAUUUCAUUUUCAAAUUACAGUGAACAACCAACUGCAUAUCUUGCUGAAAAGGAAAUAAUCAUUGUUGAUAAAACUAUUUCCGAUGUUUCAAUGGAUCCUGAAAGCAAAGAUGGCUUUACAGAGGACGAUACAAAACCAGUUAAAGUGCAUCACAUGGUUAAAAUAUUCGAACAAAUAAAUAGCCAAUCUUCUAUUGACGAACCCUCUUCAGAAAGAAAAGAACGACCUACUUACAAAAAAGAAAACUUGGAAUGCACUGCAGAGCAUUUAGAUGCUGUUCAAAGUGAACAAGAAUCACAUGCUGUAUAUGAACAGGAUAUCGAGAUGUCAUCGCAGUCAGACGAAGAAACAAGAAAAAAGAAAGAAAUACCUGAUAUUCCUGAAAAAUAUGAGCACAUAGUUGAAAAACCCGAAGAAUUGAAACUAACAGAAUUUACCCAAGAAUAUGAGACACUAGAAGAAACAACUUCGCCUCUUGUUUUAGAAACGGUAAGCCCAGUAGCUAGAAUAGUCGAAGACAUUGAGUCAAACGUGUCAAAAAUUCAAGAGGCAACAGUAAGAGAACAAGUGAUUCCAACGGAACAAGUAACUGAGGUUGACACAAAAGACCCUGCAUCACAAUAUGUGUCCUUGAGUAAUGAAAUACACACUGAAAGCAUUGAACAGUCCGCCGAGGAAGUAGUGGUAGAGGAACUGGUUCAAGACAACAGUUACGCUGAAGCUACUUCUGAAAUUACCGAAAUGCAAAUUAAGUUAGAAACAGUUGAAAUAGAGGAAAAUUUCAUAUCUGAAAAAGACUUGUCUCCCAUAUGUGAUAAGUCAACUGCACUAGAGGAUAUGUGUGGUCAACAGAAAGUUUCUGAAGCUGAGGAAACCCUGGAACCAAAAUGUUUGACGUCAUCAUCAGUUGAAGUUGUCAAACAGUAUUCUAACGAGCAAAGUUUAGAUGACAAAGAAAGCAAAUUUGAGUUGUUAAACACUGACGAUGAAGAGAUUAUUGGUCCAUCUAGACUUGAAACUCACAUUGAGAAAGAGGAAAAAUCAGAUUCUGAAAGUGAAACUAAGGAAUGUAAAGAACAAAUAACUGAUCAUGAAUCUCCAGAAGAAAUUGAAACAGUCAAAUGGGAAGGAGAAAUUGAAACAGAAAGAAAAAUUCAUGAAAGCGUCAGUAGUGACUUCCAAGUCAUAGACACACAAAAUGAAAAUUUGGAUACAGUGCAGGAGAUGACUGAAAAAGAUGGCACUGAAACUGUACUUAAAUAUGACGUAUCACCAGAAGAGUUCAGGGAUGAACAAACAACAGAUAGCAAUGCCACCAAGACAACAUCAGAGGAAGUGGCUGUAAAGACGCUUAGUCAAUCUCAAGAAGAGUACGAGAUUGUUGAUAGCUCAAAAGAGACUAAAGAUGAACACGACUCACUGUCUAUUUCCGAUGAAGAAGACUGGGAGCUUCUUGAUAAAGAUGAAAUUGAAGACACUUCAAAUAUCCCUGAUGAAACAAUUGAAAACAAUGAACUGGUUUCAUCUGAACCUGAAGUUCGGUUACAUGAUCAGCCACCAAAACCAUGUGUUUCUAGUGAAGAUGUUAAUUCAGAGUCUGAAGAAGAUACAACUGAAAUAGCAGAUCGUUCCGAAACAUGUGACAUAGAGAGUCCAAUUGAAUUCAAGCAACCCUUUGAAAAAUUUGAGGAGGUCAAUGAAACUAAAACUGUUCAAUUCGACAAUAAAGUUCUAGAAAUUAAAUCUACAUCAACUGGAAUUGAUUCGUCGGUGGAAACUAGAGAUAUUGUAAAAGACAGCACCACUUCUAUAGAAGAAGAAGAUAUCGAAAGUAUAUCAUCUACAGAGGAGUACAAAAUUAGGAAAUAUGAAUAUGAUCAAGAAAUAAAAGAAAAGGAUACAAUUUCAAAGCAGCUUGCGUCUUCGUCCGAUCAAGUUGAAACCAGCUUUACCAUGGAUGGAACCUUAGUUAGAUCGAUUGAUACAUUAGACACGGAUACUGAGGAUGAAUUGAAAACAUCCGUUCAUGAAAAACAUGAAUAUGAACAACUUUCCUCUCAAAAAUUGCUAGAUGAGCAACUGCAUGAUUCUAAUUCAACAAGGAUAGAGUUUCGUAGUUUUGAAAAUGAAUUUGUUGAACAAGAACCAGAACUAACUACACCAACACAGGAACUGGUAGCUGACUAUGAACUUCCAGCUGAAGUCUUCGAGAAGGAAUCAGAUGACACAAAACUGACAGAUUUAUAUGACAAACUUGAAGAAAAAGAAACCAGAGAACCAAAAAAUAAGGACCAAGAAAUCGUCAUUGAAAAAUUGGAAAGUCAAUCAAAUGUCAGCGAAUCACUAUUAAACACAGAACUUGUAAAUUUUGAGUCUUCGGAGGAUACAAGCAAACAAGAAUCACAAUCACUAGACGAUAUAAAACACGAGCAUUCAACAAACCAACUGUUAAGUACUCUCCAAUCAAAAGAAAAUGAUGUCAUCAGUGAGGAACCAGUUACAGCAUUAAAGGUAGAAAGGUCGUUUGAGUGCAAAGAAGUGUUUGGAGAUAUCUUAUCAGAGAGAAAACAUACAGGUGAAGACGUAUUCGAAGAUGAUGAGCCAGAAUUACAAUAUCUUCCCAAGGAUAGUCAUUUAGUAUCAGAAGUAGAGGUUCAUGAGGAAAUAAUCGAAGACGAUAUCAAACCAGAAAUAAAAAGUACACCAUUAUUUGAAAUAAGAGAAGAUGAACGAAAAGUACUGAUUGUGUCAAAAGAAGCUGGAAAUUUGUCAACACUAGGGGCGGGGGACAAAAGUUCUACUGACCAAAGAAAACCACAAAUUGUGGAUGAAAAAGAGUUGUCAACAAAUUCACUCUCAGAUGAAGAUUUAGUUGAGCGACCUAAAAGAAUAUCAAUUUCUCAAGAUACACUCACUGAAGAAAUGCUAUUGGAUAAAGUUGAAUACAACAAUGAAACCGCAGAUAUAUUUUUAGAUUCAACAGAUCCAGGCAAAGGGACUGAAUCUUCUACUAUUUUACAAGAGCAUGCAACAGAUUUGUUGAAGCCUUCUGUUCAUCAAAGACUGCAAAGUACAGAAACUGUAGAGGACGAUGACGAAGAGGUAAGCGUCAAGGACGAACCGACAGGGAUGUUUGAAGGUAGAAUUGAACAUGAUAUUAUAUCCACAGCAGAUGCAGAAAUGGAAGGAAUACCGGUAGAUUUUAUUGCUCAUUCAGCAUCCGAUGACUUUAGAUAUUUGCAAAAUAGUGAAGACAUUUUUCAGGAAAGCGUACCAAUUGAGGAUAAUACUCCUGCAGAAGAAGAUGAUUUUACAGCAAAACCAGAGCUGGAAGAUCUUAAGGAUAAAACCAUGACUAUAACUGACACACAAACGACUGAUGAACAGUUGCAGAAAUAUGAAGAAACCAAAAUGGUUCAAAAGACUUUGGAUUUAGAAGAACUACAACUGAAACGAUAUGAACUUGAAGAAACAGAAACACAAGAUGAUGACAAAGGCUGUGCGAUGAGUGGGCCUGAAGAAAAACCCUGCAUUGAAGGGAGCAGUGUUACUGAUGAUGCAUUCUUGGAAGCUACAGAUGUUAUUGGGAUAGACGAUCAAAUUGAAGGUGAAUUCAUGGAAUCAAGUCAAAAAGACUCGACUGAAAAUGUAGAGAGUCACAAAGCUCAGGUAGAAAAUAAUCAGGCACUUGAGGAAGAGGAAUGUGAUGUGGCUGAAGCUCAAUAUAUGACAAAGGAAAUAAAGGAAACUGACUUAAAUGAGAAAGAGUCUGUGGAAUCUUUUCUGAAAGACGGUAUUGAAAAUAAAGGUUUCGAAGAUAUACCUGGAAGUGAGGACGAAUGUUCCACUGUAUCACAUGAUAUCAGACACUGUGAAAUUCUAGAAGAGAAAACCGAGUCUAUGAUGAGCAUUUCACAAGAUAUUUCAGAUCAUACUAGUGCAAUAAUGGCAGAUUCAGAAGGUUAUUCAGACCAAAUUGACAGUUCAGACCAAGCGCAAAGUAUAACAACAUCGUUAGAUAAAUCUGCAGACUUAUUAGAAUUUGAACAGAUUGAACGUACCAUCGGAAAACUUGAAACAGUAUAUGAUACCUUUAGCGAAUCACAAAUUCUAGAACAACUGGAGAGUGAGCACAAGAUUGAGGAAAGUGCAGAAAGUCAGGACGAAACAGGCCAAUUUCCAAAUUUGACUGAGCAAAAUGAAUUACCAAAAACAGAACAAAACAAAGAAAUUGAUAUGAAAGAAUCCGGCUUUGAAGAUGACGCUGUAAUUGGCGAAUUAGAUGAAACCUUUAUCGACCGAACAGAGAGAUUUAUAACUUUAUCUGAUGACUCGAAAGAAAUCACAGUACAACAAAGCAGGGGAUCAGGACUAUUACCAAGAGAAACAUCUUUCCAAGAUGACCUAAAUCCAGAUGCUUCUUCGAGAGAAAACCAAGCCUCUUCAGAUCAGAAUGAGUCCAACAAUUACCAAUCUGUACCCGACAAUAUAUUUCAAACUAGGCAAAUUUGUGAAAAAGAUAGUAGAGAAAUUCCUCAAGAGGAGAGUUUAAAUAUCAUAUCAAAUGUAGAGGAUAUCAAACAAAUCAACACGGACAUUGGAACUCCCACAGGAACUGAUGAAAGACCUUUGUCUCCCAGCUCGUACACACUUGAAACCGAUACUGAUAUGGAGGGAUCUCGAGUUUUUGAAAACGACGAAGAAUGUGAUGUAGAAGAAACUCUGAAUAAUGACCAAAAUUUGAAAGAUUUACAUAGUGGCAUUACUGAAAAUUUAUGUGAAAAAGUCUUAGAGUCACUGCCUUUGUCAACUAGUCCAAAAGACGGCAAUUGUCCUCCUUCUCCCUCUGAAUUUACUCUUGUUAUGUCACAGGAUCAAGAUAUGCUUUCAAAAGCUCUUGGUAUUGAUCAUGAAUCACCACAAUGUUCGCAAGACAAUUUAGAAGUAAUGCCAGAAUGUGAUACUCGCUUCGGUGGAAAAAUAAACGACCUUCAAGGAACUUUUCAUAAGUCAAUUAGUGUAGAUGAUACAGAAUCUUUGGAAGAAAAUAGCCAAGAAUCUAUUAUUUCUCGCGAAAUUGUUAUACCAAAAGAUGAAAGCUGCAAUGUUGAAGCUACUCUUACAGAGAUGCCAGAGGAAAUUGAUUACGAAAUAGACAAACCAGUCAAAAGUAUGGAAACAAGUCAAGAGUUCAUAAUGUCCUUCGACCAAGAGAGUCUUUCAAAAAUGUUAGGUAUCACAAAAAGUGAUUCGUAUCAGUCAGACAUAGAGGUUGAAUCUGAAUUAAAUGAAACGAGAGAUGAAAUUAUACAAAGUCCUUUGGAUGACAAUGAAUUUCAAAGUAGUAAAUGUGACAUGGAAGAAAUUAUGAAAGUCGCAAGGGACCAAAUACCAGUUGACUCUGAAACACUGACAAGAAACCAACUUAGUUUAGAAGAAUCAGUUGAUGAACCUUUCCUGCAUGAGAAAGCACAAGUCACGCAUGUUCCAGAUGAUGAAUAUGACAGUGACAAAGGAAAAGAGACCUACAAUGAGUGUUCACCUGAAAUUGAAACUGAAAUUACUACAGUCAGGCCCGAAAAUGCAUCAACAGAAAUGCCAAAUUUACAGCAUCAAGUUAACAAGCUAACAUCUGAAUCAAGAAAUGUCUUUUCAAGUUAUGAAAAUGUGUACGAGGGAGUACCACUGGAUCCGAAAAUUAAUCGGUUGUCUUUAGAUGCUAGUGAACUAGAUGUUGGAGAUAGAUUUGACACUAAACAAAUGGAUCUGCACCUUCGUACAAAUAAUCGUACGUCUAGUUAUGAACAAGUAUAUGCGAAAGACCUCACAGAUCAGUCUGCUCAUUCAGAUUUAGCUGCUAUUGAUGAGGAUAAAAAUGAUGAUAAGAUUAGUUCCUCCAGUUCGGAGGUAGCUCAGCAUGAUGACGAUGCGUCUGACGAAGAUGCUGAAGCCUGUGAAGCACCCGAGAACAAUUUGAAUGAAACUGACGUGGAGGAACAAUUUUCUCCAGUUUUAGCUAAGCAAUUUCCAAAACCUAUUGUUGAUUUACAUUUUGAUACAGAAAAAAUCGUUUUCUCUGUUACCGAAUCUCCCACUGAAUCCCAUUCGCCAACUGACUCAAUCGAUUCGCCAGAUUUACAAGACAAAUCCACCUUACCAAAACCCGAGUCAUUCACGGUAGGUACCUCUCCGUCAGACUUUCAGGAACAUUUUGUACCACCGAGCGAUCAUGAAGCAAAGGAUUCAACCAAAGAUGUAAGAGAAAGCGAACAAAAGGAAUUAAAAGAACAUAGCUUGAUUUGUAGUUAUAAAGUAGACAAAUUAGAGGAAGAGGUUGUGUUAGACCAGUCACCAGAAAUGCAUGUAGAAAUAUCAGCUAAUCUCCAAAAUGAAUAUCCUGAUUUCAGUGAUAGUGUCAAAAAUUUGAGCAAUGAUAUCUCAAAUAAAAACCAAGACAGGUCGCAAUCAGAUAUUGAAAUAUCCCCUGAGGACCUUGAAGAAAAGCAUUUUCAUUUUGAUAUGAUUGAAAAGGAUCCUGAUUUAGAAACCACUCGAGCUGAAAAUGAGAACGUGAUUGCGGAAAAGGACCAAGAUGCAUACCAGGAUUCUGAUGAUAGUUCUGAGACAAAUGAAAUGUCUGUUUUUGACGAAUGUUCGAGAACCUAUAUAAGAAUACCCUGGGAAAGCGCAUAUCAAUUUAGACGACAAUUUUCGGAGACUUACGAACAGAAUGAAACCGAGAAGAAGUAUGUGAGAGCAAUGAAAAGCAUAGAUAUGGGUUCUUUUUUUAGACGAGAUAAGCAUGAAAAUGAUAGGAAACCUUUUCCUUGGAAUGAAAAGCGAGACAGGCUUACAAAAGAUCAGAAGAAGGAAGUCCGCUUUGCUGAGCAAAUAGAUGAUUUUACAAAAGAAGAUGAUUUUAAACAAUCCACUAUGGAUGAAAGUGAAGAUAAAAAACAUGAUGAUGAGAGCUCUCCACACGAACCUCAUGAGCAAAUUGACAGAAUUCACGAAAUGACAGUAAUCCAAUCAAUUAUGGAGAAAAGACAAUACCAUGAAGAAGAAUUAAUUGAUGAAAUACAGUAUCAAGAUUCGUGCACGUCCACUCGCGAUGAUCAAAUAGAAGCGUCAGGUGGGGUUUCUUGUGAUGUUAGUGGUAAAGAUAUAUCACAUGAAGCUGAAGAGGACUUAUUCCGUGUACAUGAUUCAACGGCCGAUACAACAGUGACGCCAACUCAAGAGUCCGUGCAAUUUGCUGGAAUUAUUGUGACUGAAGCUGAGCCAUUAGAGGAAACGGAAGUUGAAGAGACAAUAGAUGACAGGAAAAAAAUUCCUUCGUCAUUUGUUGGAAAAUUUCCAAUGGCAUUACCGUCAAUAGGGAAAGCAAUUGCGGAUAAUGAAAUCUAUGAAUCUUCAGAAACUGGUGGUGAUACUACAGAGGAAAAGUUGUCACCAAUAGAAGAAGCCCACCAAGAUGACUUUCCAGAGGAACAAGAAGAAAAUAAACCAGCAGUAAUUGAGAAACAUGUUACAUUUCAAAAUGAAGUAUGCCAUUUACGAUCUGGAUCGAGUGAAGACUUGGUUAAAACGUCAACUUCUUCCUCCGAGAUGGAACCUACUAUCUUGGCUGCAUCAUAUGAUCUUGAUUCAGGAAGAGUGUCAAAAGUAGUAGCAACAUACGAUGUGUCCCCAGAUACCGUUGAAAAACAGUUUGUUGCACCACCAACAGCAAAGGCUAUUCUUUCAAGCCCCGAGGAUGAUGUUUUUGAAUUAGAAAAUAAGCGACUGUUUGAAAGCAGUCAAAUUCAGUCAAAGAGAGAAACAAAUGAAAUCCCUAGUGCCCCACAGAAAAACAACUUAGCAGAUAUUCAAGAAAUUGAACUACAGAAAGAUUUAAAAGAGGAUGCUUUUGGAGAAGAUAGUGCUGCAUCGUCGCCAUUUGAAAUAAUGUCUGCAAGUGAGUUAGAUGGAUAUGAAGACUACUUAGCUUUAGAAAUUACACAAUCAAAUGAGAAGACAACGCUUUCCGAUACUGGAGAAUGUAAUGUGAAUGAAAAAUUAGUUUCAACUGAAAUGAAGGAAUCGAUGUCUUUACAUAUUACCCCUAAAAGUGAUUCAUCUUUUGAUCAUUCUUCUCUUUUAAGUACUGAUACAAGUGAAAAGGAGGACGAUUCACCAUAUGACAUUUUAGAAUCUGUGAGCCACGACGUUGAACAUCUUCCUGAUGUAGUUGAAGAUACAGGGGAUCAUUCUAUACAAGUUCAUUCAAUUCCUAAAACACUGUUGCCUAAUGGUCCAACCGAGGUUGAAUUCAACCCAGAAAUAGACUUUCAUUUUGAAAACUCUACGGAAGAUUUCCAGUCGACGGCCGCACCACCUGAUUUGAUUCAAUCAAUACCAGCCGAUGAAUCAUUGUCAAAAAAUGAGACAGUUAUUGGGGAGGAAAAUGAACAGGGUACAGGCGAAAUUUUAGAAAAUGUUAUGUAUGACUCUCAAACUGUCCAAACACAUAGUGUCAUUGAAGAAUUGACUGUUGUUAGCCAGGAACAUUUGAUUUCUUCAGAUCAAACAUUGUAUGGACUUGAAAUGCCAUCAGAAGAAACUACUGCAUUGACUCUAUCGUCAUCACAAACUUCAAAACAGGAUAUAGACAAUGAGUCAGACUCGGUUAAUGUAACAGAAGCAUUUGUUUCUCAAACAGAGGAAGAUAUAUCUGAUCAGAGCGCUUGCAAGGAAAUUGACAUUUCUGCAGAACACAACUCGAGGAAAAUUCCCGAAGAGGUAAAAAUUGAAUGUGAAUCAGAUGACCAUCAAAAAUAUGAACAAAGUGACAAUCAAGACAUUCGUGAAAUUUACCACGGUAAACGUGCGUUAAAUGUUGAUUUUGAGGAUAGUACUCAUUUGGACUCUGAAAGCACAAUUCCCUGUGAAACAAUAGAGGAUGAUUAUGAUAAUGUGGAGGAUGAAUCAUUAGACACAAACCUGAUGGAAGAAGAAAAUGCAGAGAAUGAAGGGGGUCCUAGUCAUCAGCAAUCAGAACCAUUUGAGCUUGAUGUGGAUAUGUACGAUUUAGAGAGACCGUGUACUCCAACACCAGUUGAUAAAAAUCAGCACUUUUUUGAUGAGCAAGCAGAACAGAUCGUUGAGAAUGAAGACAUCGAAGUCCAAGCUAAUGUGUUUGUUGAAUCAGUAUUGAAUGAAGCUUGUGCCAGAAUCAACAAAGAGUCGGUAGACGUUGAAUUGGAAGCAAAUAAUGAUGUCGAAAAUUCUUCUGUCUGUGAGGAUGUAAAUGUUGAACAAAAUAUUUUUAUUGAUAACGAAGGAAAGAUUGCCAGUGAACCACUGCUGUAUCUAGACAACAACUCUAAACAGGAACUAUGUGACGAAAAAAUGUCAUCAAAACAAACCCAUUCCAUUCUCAUGAAACAAGUUUCUGAAGAUAUUCCAGAGAUCACCUUAACUACCCAUUAUCAUGUAGAUGAUUGUGCUACAAUUCAAGAGUCGCAUGAUAUUUACAGGAAUGUUCAGAGCGGCAAGGAAAAUGACAUAAAAUCUUUUGAUGGAAAUGAAAAUGACAAUGACAAACCCAUAGAAUCCGAAGUUCAACAAACCAUAGUUUUUUCAAGCGAGUGUAUUCCAGAGGAACCAGAAGACACUAUUGAUGCUACUACUCCAAGAGAAUUAAAUAAACAAAAUACUUCUUCGCAUUUUGAUAGUGGAAAAGUUUGCAUACCAGAAGAAAAUGAUUCUGACGAUACUACCGAGGAAGAAAAAGAAAUACACAUAACCUCUUCAACGAGACCUUUGACCGUAGUUAUGCCUCAAGAUAAAGUCGACCAUGGCGAAUGUAAUAUGGAUCCUAGACACGAUGAUACAAUUGACAGUGCAACAAUAGAGAGUGAAGUACAUGCAAUGAAUGAGUACUCAAAAUUUGAGGAGGAUGUAGCAAAAACAGGGUACGUUGAUAGCUACGAGAGUGAUGAUUCAUUGGAGAAUAAAUACGAAGAUGAAAUUCAUGUUUCGGAAACAGGUUUUGAGGUGAUAAAACAUGAAACAGCUACAGAGAAAUACAUAUCAGUGAUGUUAAACCAAGAUGUCAAGACAAGCAACUCAGUAUGUGAAGAUAAAGACAUUCAAGAAACCUCUCACGAACUUGUAGACCAAGAGUUUUCACAGGACGAUAUUGGUGACACAUCUAGCGUUGAAAGUUUUACGACAGUCGUUCCAGUAGAUCAAGAUGACGAUGAAGACGGAAAUGAAAACCGCUUGGAUGACUUUGCAUCUAUGUCAUCGUCAUAUCAUUCAGAUGUUCUCGGUCUGGACGAGGAUGAAAAACUAGAUGACUUUCCUAUAAUAGAUUGGACGCAAAAGGAUGUUAUGGAAUUUGAAGAGAUUAAUAGAAAACAAAGUGAAGAAGAAGAAAAACGCAGAGAAUUGAAAAGAAAACAUGAUGAAGAAUUGCUUCAGAGGUUCGAAGAAUUGAAAUCCCUACGAGAUGAAAAGGAUAGGUCUCUAGUAGAUUGGGAGGAAGGGAGUGAAUCGUCCGUCGAUAGCGAUCGAUAUGAAUACAUGGACAAGACCGCACUUUCAGUCAUCACUGAAAAUUCCGAUGAAGAUAAGUUUGAGUUCAUGGACAAUGAAGAUGUCAAAUCAGAAAAGUCUGAUAGAAUAUUUGGAUCUCCAGACGAUUUUCCUCCACCUAGCCCUGGUAUUAAUAAAUUUUUCAAUAAAAGUGCAGACAGAGAUGACAUUUCUAUCACAUCUUCAUUAUUGGAAUUUGAAAGAUUGGAACACGAAAUUUUAGCGUCCGGAUCGCGAGGUUCUAUUGAAAUGGAAAAAGACAAUAUAUCAGUCACAUCAUCUCUUGCAGAGUUUGAACGAUUUGAACGAGAGCUUGGUCAGUCAAGUUCAGCAAGUUCUGUAGAAAAAAUCACAUCUGACAGUAACAGCAAAGAAAGUGAUAAAGAGGGCUCUAGAACAUCUUUGAAUGAUGUUGAUAGGCUUGACAAAGAUAUCGAAAGAAAAGAUUCUGUUGAUAGCAUAACACGACGUAGUGAGUCUUCUUCUCUAGCCUCAUUGAACGAAUUUGAACGUUUGGAGCAGGAAAUGGCAUUAGCAGAUGAGCUGGAAGCUGAAGCACAAAAAAUUGUAUCAAUUCUCGAAUCUGGAACAUUAAUGACUGAGGAAAUUCAAACCGAAAAAUCCUCCACGUUAAUGACAUAUCGAACAGUAACAUCAAAAAGAGAAAGUAAAAAAGAAACCGAAGAAUUUGAAGAACUAGAAGAUUCUCUAAGCGAAGAAAAAACUUCUAAAAAAGACUUGGAUCAAGCAGAAGUUGAUUCUUUAGAUGGCGACGUAUCUGAAAUAACUUCACUUACAUCAAGUGUAAUUUUGAAUCAAAAGGCCGUAAAAGAAUGCGAUGAAGACUCCCUGCGAGACGAUGAGGAAUCUAUGAAAAUUUCUUCAGACUCCCUUGGCGAUCAGUUAGGACUAAAAUCAUCUAGUGACAAAGACAAAUAUGACACUGACUCUCUGGCUGGUCAAGAAGGUCUAAUGGAAAAAUCAACAGAUUCACUAGAGACUGACAAAAAAUAUUCCGUUGUUGAUGAAAAAGAGGAAACGGAUUCACUUUAUGAUGAAGAUGAAAGGCCAAAACAAACAGAUAUUAUGCAGACAUCAAUAGAUUCUCUUGAAUCGUCGAAAUCAAGAUCACGAGAAAACUUAAUGGAGUCGUCUAUGUACAGUGUAGAUAGUUCAAUUUUUUCGAGGUCCUCUGUAGAAACUAUGAAAUCAGCUGGUUCUCAGCGGAGUGACUCUAGUACAGAGAUCAUGCAAGUUUCUGCGGAAUCAUACGAAGAAAGAAAGCGUCGUGAAAAAAAAUGGCUGAUAGAUAAUUAUCAUAGUUAUCGGGAGAGUGGACAUGGUGUUGAACCUUUAGUUGAUCAGGAAGGUAAUGUACUUAAAAGUUUUAGAUUAGAGGAUAACUAUGGAUACGGAUGGGACGAUUCUGAUGAGGAAGAGGAGGAUAACAAAAGCUCGCAAAGUAAACCAUUUUCAUGGGGGCCAUACGAGGAAAAGAAGAAAAUUUACACUAUGGCAGAAUGGGAGGCCAUGAAAGAGGAAAAACGUAGGGCAUCUUUGGUAACGGAGAAAACAGAAACCCAUAGUGAAAUAAUUGGUAAUACCUCGACCAAUUUAUCAGAAAAAAGUACGAUAGUCUCAAAUACAACUAUUUCGACGAAAUCAAUCACAUCUUCUGAAACAAAAGUCUAUCAAAGUUCAGAAGAACUACGUUCCUCCACGUCAGUAAAAGCUAGCGCUCGGUUUGGAAGUCAUCUGUCAGAUCCAGCACCUCAGAGAAUAGCUUCAAUAGAUGACGAUGAUUUUGUUGAGUAUGACGUCACAGAACAUCGUGAAUUGAUGCAUGGUAUACCUGAGCAUUUCGCCCAAAAGUCAGGACCAAUAUACAUAGAUCCUGAAGCAAUAGAUUCAGAGGAAGAUGAGAUAGUAAACUAUCCACAAUGUACAACAGAGGAUUCUACCGAUGGAGCUGAAGGAGGAGACACCGAAACUCAUAGACUGACCAUGAAGAAGGAGAUCCACACCCGGACCGUGAUGAAGGACGGCAGGGAGCAGACGUUCGUCCACGAGGAGGCCCAGAUCGAGCAGGAGGAGGAAACCCCGGAGGAGCUGAAGGACAGCAUGCAGCAGAUCAUUGACCAAUUCAUGGAAUCUCCCGCCCAACCUGACCAAUACAAAGCCCUUGAGCAUGACGUGUAACGGGCCAAUCGCCCAGACUGUUCACUGUCACAGCAUUAGACGUUUGUGUCCACGUUUUUCUUCCCGCUAAAUGUCACAUGAUUUUCUUGUUCAUUAUUAUAUUAAGGAUUUUUAAAACAUUAUUUAAAUGCCUGUCUUUUGGAUUUAGAAUCAUUAUCAUUCCACCGAGUUUUUGCAUUUCAAUUUUAAGAAGCAUCGUGCGUUUCUGUCAUUUGGUAUUUUGUAAUUUAAAAUUUGUUACAUUGUAGCAUUGUUUUCGCAUUGAAGGCUUUAAAGUUGUAUAAUAAUAUGUAAUAUUGUGUUACACAUUAACAAAUAAUCUGGAUUAUGGUGAUGUGUUUUAUAUUGUAUUAAUGAUAAUAAUUGAUUGGUUUCAUAGUGACGAUGUACACCUAGUUAUAUUAAUCAAAAUGCUGAUAGCAUGUGAACAAAAAUUACGAGUUUGUUAAAGUAAGAUGACUUCAUUGUAGUGCUUUUGUACAUGUCUGUUAUUUGUAUAGCUACCGAUAUUUAGUCAGUAUGUUUUAAUUUGAUUUUUAUAAAUUAAUCUGUUCCUAAAUUAAAAUUGCUUUAUAAACUUA